AAUCAAAACCGUGUCACAAGUACCGUUGAUUCUUUGCUUAUCGCUAAAAAUCUUGCUUCAAAAAUAUUUGAGAUUUUCGGUAAAAAAAAGAGAGAAAGAAAAAGAAAUUAAAAUUGGAAAAAAAUCUCUUUAUCUUUAUCCCUUGCCGCCCAGCCGUUCUCUUUCCCCUGAUCUUUUUUCUGAAGCCGCCGCCCUCCCCUGCUUUCUUAUCUUCUCCCUGCCGUGCUCCUCGCUCGACCUUGAAGCUUCCAUGGCCGCCGCCCUGCCCUGCCCCUCCAGUGCCACGUCCGGCUCCCUGACUUUCCGCGCGCCCAUCUCCGCGACCCCGCCAUGGAGCUUCCCCGCCACUCAGCUCAGAGUUCCCUCGGCUCGGUCCCAGUUCCCUGUGCGCGCGCUCCUUCCUCCUGCUUGGAUCCGGCCAUCGUCUCUGGUAGCUGGCUGCGCCCCUCAAGCUCGGCCAGGGAGCUUCCUUCCUCCCUCGCCCGCGGCUCCCUCAUGGCGCCUAGGAUCUCCUCCCCAUCUCCUGGAUGCUCGGCGCCCAGCCCCAGCACUCGCCCUGCCGCCCUCCCUGAUCCCCAUGCCCGAACUCGCCCUCAGCCAUGGCGGGUGCGGCCGCCACCUCACCCAUGGUUCUCGCUGCGCCCCUCUUCAAGCUGGCAACUCCACCUCGAAGUCCGUUGCGCGAUCCUGCUUCUCCCUUGGCUCACGCACUCGAUUUUCCUGGUGCCGCGCCCUGCUCCAUCCGCGCGUCCCUGGCCCCGGCAUGGAACUCGCCCAGUUUGCGCGCCGAGCUCGGCCUCUGCAGCUCUGCUUCUCUUGCGUUGCGCCAGCCCCCGGCGCUGAGGUUCCUCCAUGGCUGCGCCUGGUCUUUACUUGUACUCGGCUCUGCCCUCUACUCCAGCUCGCCCCCUUAUUUGUUCUCGCCGUUGGGCCGGGUCUGCUUGGCCGCCGCGCCCGUGCCAAGCUCCCUGUGCGCGUAGCCUUGCCCCUGUGCUCGCCGUGGCCGGUUCCUUGUUCGCGUCGCGGUUCUCUCCUAGCUCCCUGUCGUGUGCUCGCCCGAUCAUACGCUCGCUCUGCUCGUCCAUGCCGCCUGCUGCGCGUGCGUCUACUCCGUCCGGUCGGUGGUCUACCCCUGCGCACGGCCUCUUGCACGCUAGGAUGGCUCGUCUCUGCUGGCCGGACGUCGAUCUCCUAUUUGCCAUGGACAACGCAUCGACGCCCCAUUACCGUCGCCCGUCGUAAAACUCUAGUGCUUGUCAUUGAUAUCCGGUCAUCUCCAACCUUUGUCUUACUGUCGUUCAGUCACCCCGUUUCGAUGUCGGUCCCUACGAGAUGCCUCCGAAUUGUGAUCGCGCGGACAAAAGAAUCCCCAAGAGAAGAUGUCAAAAGAUUGGAUGGUGGUGUGCGUGAAGUUCGUGUAGCACCUUCCAAACGUUCGACAAAUUGUUUGAAUCGGAAAAUCAUUACUGAUAUCGUGGAUUCGAGUCAGCUAUUGGAACGGUAUGAUAAUUAAUCGCGUGACGCGGAAGGCGACCCAAGUCGACCCAGGAUAAUGCAGAGAUUGGACAUCUCCGCAAGACGACGUCGUCAGUCGGAUCAACCUGAAGAUGGAUAGACGAAGCAAGUAUCGGAACAAAGGAGAGUCGUCAAGUGAUCGACGUCUAACAACACUAACCUAGUGUUACCCAAGCAAGCCCCGGUGCAUUUGCCACCUCCUUGCUGUUUUAUAAUCUUUUAUCACCUUGUUUGAUGCAUUAGGUGAUAGGAGUUGUGUGCUAAACAAUUGAUGCAUUUUCUUUCUUGGAAAAUUGAUUACCCUUCCUUGAUACCCUUUUGAAAAGAAUUUUAUGAUGCUUAGCCUUGCUUUAGCAAACAAUAAUGUUUUGUUUUAAAACAAAAGUGAUGUUUCAGUGGGUGGGAAUGUUUUCAAAAAUAAAACUUGAUGGUGAAUCCAUCAUGGCCGUGAUGGGUUCAACAUCUGAAAAGAUGUACCUCUGUCAGGUACCAAACUUUGGGUUUUAAAUAAUAAAGCUAAGACCGGGCGGUUGGCUUGCACGAGAAGGAAGUCUCGGUGUAGUGCCUCCAUCUGAGUCGAUUAAGGACCGUGUCGAUGUAGGCUUGCUGAUUGAGGACCUUUUAACUGGUCACAUGCCUCGUCAUGGAUAAGCUUUGCCUCGGGCAGACUAUUACCAGAAUAGGACAACACACAAUGGGAGUGGAGAGAUGACGAGAGUAGCGUGUACCCUCCGUGGCAAGAGGCUGGACGGUGGUGUAUCUGUGCUCUCGGUUGGCAUGAACCCGAUCUGGUCUUAAGAAACCCGAUGGCGAGUUGACAUAUGCAAGGGUUAAGUGCUACAUAUGUCGUGUGAUUGGAGAUCCCCAGCUGUGUAUUAAUCGAUUUGGAUCGCCGUUACUUCUCGGAUAUGAAGACUUGGUCACUGCCCUACACGUAGCAAUCCAGUGAACUGAAAGGAUGAUAAAAAGACGGCUAGUAUAGGCCAAGUGUUUAAACUAGGGUAGAAAGAACUCUAGAUGCAGGUAACUUUACUUAACCUGACAAGUAAAAAUGGAUUUUAAGGAUCCACUCAUAGUAAGCUUUUCUGCAAACAGAGUCUUUGAUUCUUGAUAAGCCAUACCUUGACUCCCUCAAACCAGCAUACCCUUGAGAGUCUUUUCUUUAGUCGGGUAAGUCUUGCUGAGUACUUGCGUACUCAGGGUUUUAUUCCCUGUUGUUUUUCAGGAUAUAACUUUGUGCUGCUGUUGAUGGUGUUAAGUGCUGGUGGGCUCGACCUUCUUAUAAGUCUAAGUAACUCUCCUAUACUUCUUAUUGAGGAUUGUCACUUAAGCUAGCAUAUAUUUCAAAACUAUAAAUAAUUUAUAACAAUUCAAAGUUAAUUCUUUGAAUCGCUUUUGUAAUCACUUCGAUCAUGUACAAUGUAAACUUGAUGCAACUUGUAAAAUUUGGUAAUAAGAUUUCCGCUGUAAAUU